CUGUCAAUCUGGCUGGAAAGGACCUCUAUGCAACGAAUGUGAAGUUCAUCCCGGUUGUGUCCAUGGAACAUGCUCCAAACCCUGGGAAUGCAUUUGCAACGAAGGCUGGGGUGGUCUGUACUGCAAUCAAGAUUUGAACUACUGCACCAACCACAAACCCUGCCAGAACAAUGGUAUCUGCCACAACACCGGUGAAGGUCUCUACACAUGCAACUGCACUGCCGGUUUCCAAGGACAAGAUUGUGAAUUCGAAAUUAACUCCUGUGCGGAAGUGAAUCCCUGUCAAAAUGCUGGUACCUGUAUCGAAGAUGGUUCAAAACGUGGCUACAGAUGUGAAUGCAAGAAAGGCUGGGCUGGUCGUCUAUGCGAAGAUAAGGUCAUCACAUGUGCCGAUAAACCAUGUGUUCAUGGUUCAUGCCGCGACACCAGCAAAGGUUUCCAAUGUGACUGCCCCAAUGGUUAUAGCGGUACUAUGUGUGAGGUUCAUGUUGACACCUGCACUCCCAAUCCCUGUCAAAAUGGUGGUACUUGCUCGGUAGGACCUAAUGGCUCGCACAAAUGUCAAUGCCCCAGCGGAUUUACCGGUGCCUCUUGCGAAGAAAACAUUGACGAAUGCCAAGGCAAUCCCUGUCACAAUGGUGGUACUUGCAUUGAUAUGGUCAAUCAAUUUAGAUGUCAAUGUGCCCCCGGAUUUUUGGGUUCCUUGUGUACUGAAAAAGUAGAUUUGUGCCUGAUCAAACCCUGUGCCAAUGGUGGUACUUGCAGAAAUUUGAAUAACGAUUAUGAGUGCACCUGUCGCCCUGGUUUCACCGGUAAAGAUUGUUCCGUUGACAUUGAUGAAUGCAGCUCCUCGCCCUGUCACAAUGGUGGUACCUGUAUGAAUCGUGUCAAUUACUUUGAAUGUGUGUGUGCCCAAGGUUUCCGUGGUCCCCAGUGUGAUGAAGAAUCCUAUGCCUCAGCCACCUAUGAUGCCCGGCAAUAUGAAGCUACGACACAAGCUAAGCCUAGGAGUGACGGUUUGACCAGUGGCCAAGUGAUUUUGAUUGCCAUCCUCUCUGUGGCCAUGCCUUUGGUAGCUGUCAUUGCCGCCUGUGUGGUAUUCUGCAUGAAACGCAAACGCAGACGUGACCAAGAGAAAGAUGAUGCCGAGGCCCGCAAACAAAACGAACAAAAUGCCGUUGCCACAUUGCAUCACAAUUCCGGGGGUUUGUCCAGUGUUGCCGUUGCCGCCUUGGGUGUGAAACGUGGCAGCAGUUCCGGGCUGACUUUUGAUAACUCUAAUCCCAACAUCAUCAAAAACACCUGGGAUAAGUCGGUCAACAACAUUGCCAGCUCGGGCUCAACGGAUGAGUGCCUGAUGAACACCUCACUGUAUGGUGGUGCCCUGUCGAACUAUGCCGCCGACAACAAUGCCAAUUCAGAAUUUUGCGGUGUUGGCCAAAUCCAGCCUCUGCAAAGGGCCAAAUCGCAGAAGCAAUUGAACACCGAUCCCUCGCUAAUGCACCGGGCCUCACAGCUAAUGGGUGCUGUGGGUGGCGCUAGUGGCGCACAUGCACCAACCAAAGACUAUGGAGCUGGUGGCAGCUCUUCGAAUGGUGUUGGUGGUGUGGGGGGUGUGGGUGUUGCCGGCCCAGAAGGCAAACGGAUCUCAGUUUUGGGCGAGAGUGCCUACUGUUCGCAGAGAUGGCCUUCAUUGGCGGCCCAAGGUGUGGCUGGGGGUUGUGGGGCUGCCUCAAGUUCAGCAGCCAGUGGUGUGGCGACGUCAGGCCAAAGAUCAAUAGUAUGUGGUACACCUCAUAUAUAAG